AGCUCAUUCAUCCAGAUCAGGCUGACAUAGCAAAAGAUACAAGCAGCAUUCUCAUGGUGAGAACUCUGGGUUUGUAGACCAUGAAGAGGAUGGAGAGGCCCAUGGUCACGGGUCCUGUGUCUAAGCACUUCCACCUGGAGAGGAAGAGCUCCAGGCAGGCCGAAGCCAGACUCCGCCAGAGACUGCAGAGGCUGGAGCACAUCUGUCUGAACCACAUGAAGCUGCUGACCCGGGAGCAGAGGCAGCUCCAGAAAGAACUGCAGCGGUUACAACAAGAUAUUAUCAAGAAAAAGCUCUCCUCUUAUUUGGGGAGUGGAAUUCAGAAGAGACCAGAAGAUGUCCUUGUGCCCUUACCGCCAGGAGAACAGAAGCAUGGAGUUCUACAGGCUAAUAAAGUUAGAGCACUGGCCACCAAUAUGACCCAAGAAAUAUAUAAAACCAAGUCCCAGAUGCCUCCUUUCCGUCACGCUGGCCUAAAGGACUCCGUGAAAAGAAAAGAACAGGCACUGUCUCAAAAUUACAAAGCUUCCCACUUCAGAGCAGAAAAGCCAUAAGCCCUACAGAAAGAUUGUCUAAGCCCCCCAAGGGGCAAAGACUCCAACAAGGGCAUCACUAUUCUGUGUCAAGAUCAAGAUGUCCCCAUCAACACCCUAGACCAAGGCCCUGGUUCCAGCCCAGCUGGUGAGAGUGGAAAAGCACACACUGGCGAGGCCAGAUCAAAGGAUGCCAGCCUAAAGCCAGACCCCAAUGCUGGGAGACGGUCCCCUGAGUCCCAGGAAUGCGCAGAAAAUCUGAAAGAUGAGCCCGUAACACCUACCUUCUCAGAGCUGUUUGUGAAGGUCAGAAACGCCCACUACCUAUGGCACAGGGUUCCCCCUGAGUCUGACAGAUUGCUUAGUAUCGGGGAGAUAUUUGGGCACAAGGAACCCUUCCAGCCAGGAGGACAGCAUGGGCUUCCUUCAUCUCUAACCACCUAGCAUAACCUCACAAGAACAUCUAUUGUACUUGCUAAAAAGAUGCGUGCCUCAAGUAACUGCAGUAAGUC